AUGAUCUUCACCAGGUGGCUCUCCGGCACAAAAGGUCCAAAUAUAAGCCAGGCUCCAAAAGGCCCAAAUGUAAUUCAAAAUGAUGUUUUCAACAAGUUCAAGGAUGAGUUCGGAAACUUCAAGACGACAUUAAUUGGAGACACAAAGGGACUGCUUAGUUUAUACAAUGCGACUCAUCUCUUACUCCCGAAUGAAACCGUACUUGAAGACGCUAUCAAGUUCGCCGGAGACAAUAUCAAGAAAGCAGUUCACGGCUUGAAAUCUCCUCUGGCCGAACAAGUACCGCGUGCUCUCAAGAGCCCCCUUCCUAGGUUCAUGCAGAAACUUGAAGCAAGGUUCUACAAUGACGAAUAUGGAGACGAAGAGGACUCAAAUGAUACAAUACUGAAAUUCGCAAAGUUGGAUUUCAUUGCUGUACAAAGAGAGCAUUGCAAAGAAUUGAAGGCCCUCUCGUUGUGGAAGGACUUGAGAAUUACAGAGACUUUGCCCUAUGCUCGGGACCGCAUAGUUGAAUGUUACUUCUGGAUUUUAGGAGUGUAUUUUGAACCAUGUUACUCUCGUGCACGCAUAAUCACUACAAAGUACAUUAUCCUUCUUAGUGUUUUGGACGAUACCUACGAUAUUUAUGCCACCUUGGAUGAGUGUCGUCUCCUUACUAUUGCUUUUAAGAGGUAUCUCACUUCUCUUGGCAUACAUUUCGUUGGCUCAAAGAUUACAUCAAUCAUGAUUUUCAUUUUCUUUGAGAAAUUAUUUAUGUACAUGUGGGACAAGGAUUCUGUGGAUAUGUUGCCUGAGUACAUAAGGAGUUUCUAUCUGAAAUUUAUAAACAGUUGUAAUGAAAUUGAGAGUGAAUUGGAACCCAGUGAGAAAUUCCGCGUGUCAUACUUUAAGAGUCAGACUGAGAUAAUGGUGGAUGCAUAUCUACAAGAGGCAUCGUGGUAUGCACAGGACAUGUUUCCAGAAGUCGACAUCCGUAAAGAGCUCUCGGUAGUAAGAUCCUCUGGAUAUCCUGAACUCACCUGCGUCUCGUUUAUAGGAAUGGGAGAGGUUGCCACAAAAGAGGCAUUCGAUUGGGUUACAAGCAUCCCAAAAAUUGUGAGGGCUUCUGCUGAAAUUUGCAGAUUCACUGAUGAUAUCUAUUCUAGUGAGAUUCUUUUCUUGGAUUGA